UUCAUACUAUAUAAACAGGAUGCAUGGUGGAGGUGUUGUUGAGAUCCCACCACAUUAGCAGUUCAUGAAGCCUCAGAAAGUGGUGAAAAUGGAUUUGCAAAAUGGCUUUGAUGUGGAUGAGCUGUUCCAAGCCCAUGCCCACAUAUGGAACCAAACCUACAACUUCAUCAACUCCAUGUGCCUCAAGUGUGCAAUUCAACUGGGCAUACCAGAUCUCCUCCAUAAUCACACCCAACCCUUCAUGGCUCUCUCUCAACUCUCAGCUUCGCUGCCGAUCAACCCUGCAAAAGCAGACGGCAUCGGCCGCCUCAUGUCCAUUCUGACACAUUCAGGUUUCUUCCAUAAAAAGAUAGUUAAUGAAGACGAGCCUGAACAAGAGGCCUACGCUCUGACGAAUGCCGGCAGGCUCCUUGUUAAGGACCACCCCUUGAGCAUGACCUUUUCUUUGCUUCUGUCACUUGAUCCAGUUCAAAUGGAGUCUUGGCAUCAUCUGAGUACCUGGUUCCAGAACGACCACCCUACGGCGUAUCACACAGCACAUGGAAUGGCGAUUUGGGAGAAUGCAAGCCGUAACCCGAAGCUCAAUCAUCUGUUCAACAACGCAAUGAUGUGUGAUUCUCGCCUAGUGUCAGGUGCCAUGCUUCACAAGUUCAAGUGGGUGUUCGAGGGAUUAGACUCUCUGGUUGAUGUUGGGGGAGGUACAGGAACUAUGGCGAAGGCCAUAGCUCAAUCCUUCCCAAGCAUGAACUGCACUGUGCUAGAUCUUCCGCAUGUUGUUGCUGGGUUGAACAGGAGUGACAACUUGAACUAUAUUGGAGGUGACAUGUUUGAGACAAUUCCUAAUGCAGAUGCAGUUCUACUGAAGUGGAUCCUGCAUGACUGGGGUGAUGAAGAAUGCGUAAGGAUACUAAAGAAGUGCAAGGACGCAAUUUCAGGCAAUGGGAAGAUGGGGAAGAAAGUGAUCAUUAUAGACAUGGUGGUGGAUCACCACGAUAAAGAUCAUGAAUCGGUGGAAACACAACUAUUCCUGGACAUGUUGAUGAUGGUGCUUGCUAAAGGCGGAAGAGAAAGGAAAGAGCAAGAAUGGGUCAAGUUAUUUUGCUCUGCUGGUUUUACUAAUUACAAGAUAAUUCGUGUUCUGGGUUUAAGGUCUGUCAUUGAAAUCUAUCCUUAA